ACCUCGUCGUUGCUUCGCCCGCCCGUUGCGUGUGGGCGGAUUGAAUAUGCUCCUGUACCUCUCGUAGAAGCACUCGUCGCACUACUAUACAUAGGAUAGGACAUCAUCGCCGGAGACCAUAGGGAGAUGGCCUCUUCGCCGCCGUCGUCGCAGCCGCGGGUGUGCGUCACCGGAGCCGGCGGGUACAUCGCCUCCUGGCUCGUAAAGCUGCUCCUCGCCCGCGGCUACGCCGUGCACGCCACCGUCCGCGACCCAUGUGAUCCAAAGAAUGCACGUCUCAAACAACUAGACAAGGCCCUGGAAAAUCUCCGUUUGUUCAAGGCAGACAUGCUUGACUACGACGCAGUGGCAACUGCGUUUGUCGGGUGCGAUGGUGUCUUCCAUCUUGCCUCUCCAGUGCCCAUAGACAGGAUGGUUGAUAAAGAGAAAGAGAUGAUGGCUCCUACUGUUAAUGGCACCAUGAAUGUACUUAAGGCUUGCUCUGCUAUGAGCGUUCAAAAACUUAUUGUGGUUUCAUCCGGCGCUGCUAUUACUUUGAACCCAAAUUGGCCUCUAGAUAAACUGAAAGAUGAGAAUUGUUGGUCAGACAAAGAGUUCUGCAAGGAAAAUGAGAUCUGGUAUGCCCUUGCCAAGACGGAAGCUGAAGAGAUGGCCCUCGAAUACGCAAAGAAAAAUGGAUUACAUGUCAUUACAUUUUGCUCCGGUGCGGUCUUUGGCCCACUGUUGCAGGCUGAUGUGCUCAAUAUUACCACCAAAUUCCUCCGCUAUAUCAUAAAAGGAGGUCCUGACACAAUAAAUAACAAAUUCUGGCCCAUAGUAGACGUCCGUGAUGUUGCUGAUGCACUACUGCUGUUAUACAACAAGGCAGGACCAUAUCAGAGGUACAUAUGUUCAGAACACCAAAUCGACAUAAAAGAUUUGGUGGAUUUGAUGAAGAGCAUGUACCCCAGCUAUAACUAUGUAGACAAACUGGUUGAUGUGAAUUAUAAGCUUGGGAUGAAUUCACAUAAACUUAAGAAUCUAGGAUGGAAACCGAGGAAGUUGGAGGAGACACUUGCAGAUAGCGUCGAGUCAUAUGAGAAAUCAGGAAUCCUUAAUGCGGAGGAGGAACCUUGUCGUGUUCCGUAUUUCUACCGUAUGCCACCUGUCCUGGAGUGAAUGGACAUUGUUGUUCACCUAUUGUCGUGUCAUGGUUUAUGCAUUUGCUUGAAAGUUGAAACUUCACCGGAUGUAUUUCGUAAAACAGAAAUAAGACUCAUGAGUUAACCA